AUGGAGCGCGACGGCUGCGCGGGGGGCGGGAACGGCCGGCGGGACGGCCCGACGGGCAACGGCCGGGACCCGGGUCGUGGCCCCGCGGCCGCCGACGUGCCCGCGGAGCCGCAGGCGGCCGCGUCCCUGCUGGCCCCUCUGGACCUGGGGGAGGAGGCGUUGGAGAAGGCGGCGCGACCCCGCACGGCCAAGGACCCCAACACCUAUAAAGUGCUCUCGCUGGUAUUGUCAGUCUGUGUGUUAACAACAAUUCUUGGUUGUAUAUUUGGAUUAAAACCAAGCUGUGCCAAAGAAGUUAAAAGCUGCAAAGGCCGCUGCUUUGAGAGAACAUUUGGGAACUGUCGCUGUGACGUUGCCUGUGUUACCCUUGGGAAUUGCUGUCUAGAUUACCAGGAGACAUGCAUAGAACCAGAGAGUAUAUGGACAUGCAAUAAAUUCCGGUGUGGUGAGAAAAGGUUGUCUAAAAGCCUCUGCUCCUGUUCAGAUGACUGCAAGGAGAAGGGCGACUGCUGUAUCAACUACAGCGCUGUGUGUCAAGGUGAGACAAGUUGGGUAGAAGAAAAAUGUGAGAUCUUUAAUGAGCCACAGUGCCCAGAAGGGUACGAAAAUCCUCCUACCCUCUUAUUUUCUUUGGAUGGCUUCAGGGCAGAAUAUUUACACACUUGGGGUGGACUUCUUCCUGUUAUUAGCAAAUUAAAAAGCUGUGGAACAUACACUAAAAACAUGAGACCAGUCUAUCCAACAAAAACAUUUCCCAAUCACUACAGUAUUGUCACAGGACUUUAUCCAGAAUCCCAUGGCAUAAUUGACAAUAAAAUGUAUGAUCCCCAAAUGAACACUUCUUUUGCACUUAAAAGCAAAGAGAAAUUUAAUCCUGAAUGGUACAAAGGAGAACCAAUUUGGCUUACUGCUAAGCAUCAAGGCCUGAGGACUGGGACUUUUUUUUGGCCAGGAUCAGAUGUGAAAAUCGAUGGAAUUUUCCCAGACUUCUAUAAAAUAUAUAAUGGUUCAAUACCAUUUGAAGAAAGAAUACUAACAGUUCUUAAAUGGCUGAAGCUUCCCAAAGAUGAAAGACCACACUUUUACACUCUGUAUUUAGAAGAACCAGAUUCUUCAGGUCAUGCAUAUGGACCAGUCAGCAGUGAAGUCAUCAGAGCAUUGCAGAGGGUUGACAACAUGGUUGGCAUGCUGAUGGAUGGUCUAAAAGAGCUGAACUUGCAUAAAUGCCUGAACCUCAUCCUUAUUUCAGAUCAUGGAAUGGAACAAGGCAGUUGUAAGAAAUAUGUGUAUCUGAAUAAAUACCUGGGAGAUGUUAAAAAUAUUAAAGUUAUCUAUGGACCUGCAGCUCGUUUGCGACCUUCUGAUGUCCCAGAUAAAUACUAUUCCUUUAAUUAUGAAAGCAUUGCCAGGAAUCUUUCUUGCCGGGAACCAAACCAGCAUUUCAAACCUUACUUGAAAUAUUUCUUACCUAAGCGUUUACACUUUGCCAAAAGUGAGAGGAUUGAGCCCUUGACGUUCUAUAUGGACCCCCAGUGGCAACUUGCAUUGAAUCCUACAGAGAGAAAAUAUUGUGGAGGAGGAUUUCACGGCUCUGACAAUGGAUUUUCAAAUAUGCAAGCCCUCUUUAUUGGCUAUGGACCUGGAUUCAAGCAUGGCAUUGAAGUUGAUGCCUUUGAAAAUAUUGAAGUCUAUAAUUUAAUGUGUGAUCUGCUGAAUUUGACACCAGCUUCUAAUAAUGGAACUCAUGGAAGUCUUAACCACCUUCUGAAAACACCUGUUUACAUCCCGGAACAUCCCAGUGAGCCCCACCCCCUGGACCAGUGCCCCUUCAUAGGAACCUCCAGAGAUAAUCUUGGCUGCUCAUGCGAUCCCUCGGUUUCGCCAAGUAUGGAUUUUCAGAGCCAGUUGAAUCUGACUAUGACAGAAGAGAAGAGCCUCAAGCAUGGGGCUUUGCCCUAUGGAAGGCCUAGAGUCCUCCAGAAGAAGAGCAGCGUCUGUCUUCUCUACCAGCACCAAUUUGUGAGUGCUUACAGCCACGACAUCCUCAUGCCUCUUUGGACAUCCUACACUGUCGACAGAAAUGACACUUUCUCUACAGAAAAUUUUUCCAACUGUUUUUACCAGGAUCCUCGAAUUUCUUUUAUUCCUGUCCAUAAAUGUUCAUUUUAUAAAAGCAACACUAAACUGAAUUAUGGAUUCCUCUCUCCACCACAACUAAAUAAAGUGUCUAAUAAAAUCUAUUCUGAAGCAUUGCUUACUACUAAUAUAGUACCAAUGUACCAGAGUUUUCAAGUUAUAUGGCAGUACUUCCAUGGCACCCUGCUACAAAAGUACGCUCAGGAAAGAAAUGGCAUCAAUGUUGUCAGCGGUCCUGUGUUUGACUUUGAUUAUGAUGGACGUUAUGAUUCUGCAGAGAUCCUGAAGCAAAACAGAAAAGUCAUCCGUGGUCAAGAAAUUCUAGUUCCAACUCACUUCUUCAUUGUGCUAACAAGUUGUAAAAAUACAACCCAGACUCCCUCAGAGUGUAGAAAUUUGGAUCCUUUGUCUUUCAUUUUGCCUCACAGAACUGAUAACAGUGAGAGCUGUGCGCAUGGAAAGCGUGAAUCUUCAUGGGUUGAAGAAUUAUUGAGAUUACACAGAGCUCGAGUCACAGAUAUCGAACACAUCACCGGACUCAGCUUCUAUCAUGAAAGAGAAGAGCCAACUUCAGAAAUUUUAACGUUGAAAACAUACUUGCCAACCUUUAAUCAAGAAGACUGAUAUGUUUCGAAUUACAGAACAUACAUGCCACAAAUCUUUGGAAAGAACUUUCUAUUUUAUAUGGUCUUCUGUUCACGCUAUCGCAUUGUUUGGAAACUAUCAACCAGAGUUAGAACUGGGCAUCCUCUGUGAUCACUACCGUCUCAGGGAAAUCUGUGGCCUCCGCAUAACGAUAGGAGAAAGCUCCUAUUGAGUCUUACACAUGUUUGUAUGUGUGAGCACUGUAUGUGUUGUUCAAGUUUAGGAAAUAAAGACACAUCAUACUAAAACUGCACUUCUACCUCUUUAAGGGCAGAAGUAGCUGUGAAUUUUGUCUGGAAACCAGAUAUUUGAAAAAUAGAUAAUUGGUACAGACUAGUAAACAUUGGACUAAUAAAUAAGAUUAGAAGAGCCCAUGUUACAUUAGUAUCUUCAAAAUAAUUUGAGAUUCUGGAUUUAUUUUAACAUAAAAUUUUAU